GAAAAUGCAAAGACCUUGAUUGAUUGGAUUUGAUUCCAUAGCAUACCCUAAACAACUAAACCCUCCAUUAAGAGCACACACACUGACAUGUAGCUUUUCAAAACUCAACCAAACUCGUUCACGGAUGCAAAGAGAGUGUGUGAGUUUGUUACACAAAACCUCAACCUAAAGUGAAAAACACUUGCUAGUCCCUUCACAAUCACAAGCUAAGGUUGAAGGUUGAAGAAGACAUGGCCGAGGAUGGCAGCCUCCCUCCACGCGCCUCCAUUCCAUCCGGCGAUAACUCCGUUUGGGCCGAUGUCUCCCCUCUCCUCCAAGCCGCCUGCCAAGAUCUUCAAGAGGGAGAGCUUAUUCAUGGAGACAACUUCAAUCUUUUUGCCGCCAUGUCUGCAUUGGAGAUAAUGGACCCGAAGAUGGAUUCUGGUAUUGCUUGUACAUACUACUCUCUCGAUGAAGCCAUUGAGAAUGGUGUUGCUCCAAUUCCUAUUAGUGCUGAUAAAACUACCGAUGUUCGAUGCAUGAUUGACAUCAUGGACCAUCUACUAGCCUGUGAGGUAUCUCUUUCCAAGGGGGCUGAAAAAUUCCUCUCUUUCUCCAAAACAUACUCAAACAUCAGCAUUGUGAGGCUGACAAAUGCAACAUGGCACAAGGGUCAUUCAUUGGCACAAACUGUCUAUUCUUGCCUCUAUCUCCUACGACCUGAAAGGACAUCGUCGCAUGCCCUGUUGCAUUCUUACUGUAAAGUCAUACGUGCAACCUGCAAAGCAAUCCUUUCAGUUGUCUCACAAGCUCGAACACAUGAAGAAGAGGAUCUAUUUACCAUGGCAUAUGGCCUUCCUUUGAGUGGAGAUGGAGAUGAAAAGUGUUUAUCAAUGCUAAAUGCUGUCGAAGAAACAAUAUCUCGCCAAUUGCGUGCUUGUAAGGUUUCAUCGUCAAAAAGAAGAGUGUCAGAAGUUGUGAGCUAUUUGGUUGCAGAUAUUGAACCACUUCAAAAUAAUCCUGAUCUGGAAGAAGGCUACUGCAAAGCGCUGUUGUGUCGAUUACGUUUUCGUAAGCAUUUUUACCAUCUUUUGAUGUCUAUGAAACGACCCCAAGGAAGGGGUUUGGAGUUAGCAAGAAAACACAUAGCUUCAUGCAUUUCAGAGAUUGAUUACAUUCGAAAAUGUUCGGAGUUUCUUAGAGCUAAUGCACAUGGAAUUUCUGAGCAAAACUUAGACAAUACAACUGCAUCUGGUUGUCAACCAAUUGGCUUUGAUGCUAGUUUAAACUGUAGAUUAUCUGCCCCAACACCACCACGGUCAAUCAAAAUUCAUUCUUGGGAAAAGGCCCUUGAAUAUUUCAUGAAACUCCUUCAAGACCUAGACGUUGUAUGUUCCUACUCAUUGGACCCAUCAUUAGAAGCUGCUUUACUCUUUGUGGUUAAAUUCCAGAAAUCUCGACCUGAUUUGGUUGCUAGAGCUCAUCUUCAGCUUCUGCUGGUCCAGGAUGGGAAACUCUAUGGUCGGGAUCCUAUGUUUUCUAUGAUCACUGGAGCUGCUGGAUUACCUGGAGUCACAGAGAAUUAUGACUUUCAGAAAAAUGAAUUUAUGGUGCAACUAGGACAGUUGGUGAUAAAUUUACUCAAAAUUCUUUGUACAAAUGCUGCUUGGCAAAGGCGUAAGCUAGGGAAAAUGUUACAAGACUGGCAUGUCACCUAUGUACAGCUAGAGAUGACUCUUAAAGGAGAGUUUGAAGAAGCCUCAAAAACUUCAAACAAUAAGCAGAAAAUAUGUUUCAAAAUAUACCAACAUAUUCUCGCAUGGGUAGAAGAGCAAACUUAUUGGAUAGCGUUUCGAUUUCUCAAUUUGGGAUUUGAAUUGGAACUCUACUCUGUCCAUGAUUAUUGCAUGGUAUACUGGUAUAUUUAUGUUGUGUUGAUCAAGCUCACUGAGAAGAAACAUCUCCGCAUGGCAAUGAGCAGUGACUCUGCUAAGAAAAAGACAAAGAAAAAAAGGGAUUCUUUCAAGGAUGGGGAGAUUGAUUAUCAGAUCCCAGCAGCUGUUAUGUUUCUUCAAAGCCAAAUAUAUCUUGCUGAAGGACUAAGCAUGAUGUUUGCUGCUUUGAGGAAUGAGUGCAGAAUAGUUCCACUGCAAAGCCCUUUCAAUACAGAGCAUGAGAUAUUUAUUCAGCAAUUCGAGCUUUUACAGAAAGCUUGCGUUCCUGAUCACAUCUCAUAUGUGUCAUUCAAGGAGUCCACUAUGCAUGCUAACUUCUCUACCCUAGCUAUCUGUGAUUACUUCAAGGAAGCUCAGAGGAUAGCAAAAGAGGUGAAAAGUAGUUUUGCCAAUGACCCUGACACAAUGGCCGAGCUGCGCAGAGUAGAGCAAGUAGCAGAACGCAACAGCAUUGCCUUGAAUGUUUGUCAGGCAGGAGCCCUUGAUCCAAAGUUGAAGAUUUCUUUUACAUUCUGUCAUCAUCCUUUCUAUGCUACUGCUAUUGUGAAGAGAUCCUGAUAGUAGAUUCAACCAAUUUUGAAACAUGUUAUAGGGUGUUAGGAGCAAAUGAGUUGUGGCGUUAGCAGUUGUAACACUAGUAUUUAUUCAAACAAUUUUUGUGGUUCAUAUUAUUAGAUUGAAAUUGUAAUUUUUUUAUGAUAAAUAAAUAAAUAAAAAUAUUUAUGGUAAUUUUCCUUCCA